GAUUACAACCAAGGUGCUCUUGCACGAAUCAAGUGUGCAUCGUUUUAUAAACAAGAGCUAAACUGUUUCCGUGAGUUAUUCAGAUCACAAGGGUGGCACCAGUCGCAAGUUAAAGACGACGUCGAGCAUUUAGUAAAAGCCUGCAACGAAAUCGUUGAAAAAAGUAAAACUAAUCAAACAAAUCAAACAACUUAUGGAUAUGGAUAUUGGUUUCGCAAGUUUUCAAUUUGAAAAGUUAACGAACAAUAACUUCGUGACGCCAUUGAAUUCACACGAGAUCGCGCCGGGAGAGGACUCUGACAUCGAAUCCAACGAAUAUCCUGAACCACGCUCAGAUUCCGUCAUCAACAAUUACACAGUUGUUGAACAAAUAAAUCAAGUUUACAGCGAGAAUAAUUAUGUUCAGAACAUAAAUGAUCCCAAUGCGGCUGCUAAUUUAUUACAUGAAAGUUCUCAAGCAACAACUUUAUCAACCUACAAUAUAAAUCAAUGGAGUGUGUUAUCCUUAGACACGCAACCAAUUAUACAACCGAUUCAACUAAACAAAGUUAACGAAGAAAUAAACUUUCUCCCUUUCGAUGCACCUGGUCAAACCAACAACCAGGCCACUCCUCGUGCUGCAUCCUCCGAAGAUCUUUACGAAAGCAGUUCAUCAAUGCGCUACCAUUUCGAUGUUGAAUGCAUAAAAGAGAAAAUCGCAGCCAUGUGGGCCAAAACGCAAUCAUUGGAUGAUCAUCUAGAUGAGAAUGACUUUACAAUCUUAAAAACCAGUUUGCAGUUGGGGAAUGAAACAAUCACCACUGCGCUGUCUAAGAAACUGGAUGAGUUGAUGGUUGUGAAGCGUCGCACGUAUGAAUUGAAUCAACAACAACGCGCGAAGACACGUAUUAAUCCGUUUGAUCUAGAGUUGACUCCCGAGCAGAAAGAGGCGGUGUUGAAGUUGCCUACGUUGAUCAACAAAAACAAGGCGGUUGCGAAACGGAGAAAUGAACCUACUGAAAGAGAUAAGAAGGCUGGAUUGCGUAUUUUGCCCGAUAUAACUGAUAUCGACUUCGUUGAUCCUGAAGAUUUAUUGAUUCCUAAGAAGUUGAUGAAGUGGCAGGACGUUUUGAGCGAGGAUAUUCCAGAGGGUGGUAUUUUAAAUCGCUUGGAAGGGAAGCAAUGAGUUGUUAUUGUUUUAAAUAAACAAAAUGUUAAUAUUUUAUA